CCGGCGGCGAGGAGGAAGACGCUCUGCGACAUCACAAACCUGAGGCAGCCGCUAGCGGCGGCGGCGGCGGCCGAGGAGGGGCCGAGGUGCGCGGACGGCGCGGAGGCGGUCGCGCGGUUAGUCCGGGAGAAUUCGGAUCUUGUGAGGCUCCUGGAGGAGAGAGACAAGUUCAUAGAGGCGAGCGGGGCUGAGAUGCAGAAUCUGCGCCUCGCAAACUGGCAGCUUGCGCAGGCCAAUUCACAGAUGUUGGCAGAGCUGAAUCUUGGAAAGAACAGGCUGAAAUUGUUACAGCAUGAGCUUACAUGCUCGAGAGCUGCUCUCAAAGUAAAAUCAUCUGAACUUGAGGAAGCAAAGAAAGUGAUACGGAGUAGCAGACAGCAGCAACAGAAGAGUGCCAACGAGAUGGCGCGGCAGUUGGCUGCCGACAGAGCUGCCGCCGCACAGCUCAAGGAUGGGGACGCGGAAUCUGCUUCAGACGCGUUGCGUGCUGCCAGUGCGAGUAAGCCGGCUUGCAACCCCAGCCGGAAGCGGCUAAUGAGAUCUCGAUCUCUGGGACCUACAGUGGCGCCGACGAAGCCAGUGGCGGCAUCCAAGGAAAGGGAGAGCGCACAGAGACGCAAGUCCAUGAGAACGCCGCAGCCGAGUGGCCGCAGGGAACACUUGUUCGAGAUAGAGGACGUUCAGCUCGUCGUCGGCAGUGGUAAUGACAGGAAACAGACGGCGUGGGGGCAGGAGUCGUCGACGCAGUUCCCGCGCAGGUCGUCUCUUGGGAGGCCGCUCCGACUGGCCACGGAGAAGGUCACCUCCUACAAGGAGAUGCCUGUCAACAUUAAGCUCAGGAGGUCCUAAACAGUAGGAGACUAUGGUUGCAGUCUGCAGCCAGCUAGAUUAUGAGUUGUGAUCAUUCUUUGCUGCGUUCUGCUUCUGCAGAUGCAGCCAGUGUGCGCUUUGGUGUGAAAUUCUGGAUGUAUUGAGGUUGUU